CUUAGAUAACUGCUGUCAGUUGCAGACCAGCGAAGGAUUGCUUCUUUUACUAUCUACACCGUUGACUGCUGCCCUAACCCCCGUCAUCUGCUUUAGUUGUGAGAUUGGUCUGGGUCUUGCACACCUAUCCUCGCCAUGGAUGCCUCCCACGCUGCGAAGCAGCAGGGACCGUUCGCUGAACUGAAACCAUUCAAGGUCACGCAGACAGAAGGCAACGGUUCCGCUAGGAGCAAAGAGAGUACUCUCGUUGACUCUGCGCGCGACACCUCCCCUCAUUCACAGACGGUCGAAGCACAGCACGAGCCAAAAGCACCCAGCUCGAUACAUAGCCAUGAUGCGGAACCUGAGCCAGAGUACCCUACUUCAUGGAGGCUCACGCUGAUUGUGGUUGGACUCUGUCUUUCGAUUUUCUGCAUGGCCUUGGACAACACGAUUCUGGCGACUGCAAUCCCCAAAAUUACAGACCAAUUCCAGUCCCUCGGCGACGUGGGUUGGUACGGCAGUUCCUACCUCCUUACAACGUGCUGCCUUAUCCUGGCCUUUGGCAAGCUGUACACUUUCUACUCCACCAAAUGGGUAUACCUGAUGGGGCUCGCGAUCUUCGAGAUCGGUUCUCUGGUCUGUGGUGUGGCUCCCAACUCGGUUGCACUGGUUAUCGGGCGGGCGAUAGCUGGCCUUGGGGCCGCCGGAGUCUUCUCAGGAGCCAUGAUCAUUAUCUCUCAGACUGCACCGCUGAAAUGGAGGCCUUUUCUUACCGGCUCUAUUACCUCCAUGUAUGGAAUCGCCAGUGUAGCAGGGCCCCUGAUGGGUGGUGCGUUUACCGAUCAUGUCAGCUGGCGAUGGUGUUUCUAUAUCAACCUUCCCAUUGGCGGCGCGACCAUCUUCUUCAUCCUGCUAUUCUUCAAGGCACCCAAAUCAGUCAAGAGCACCCAGGGGCUGAAGGAUAAACUCGCGCAGUUUGACUUGCCUGGUACAUUUGUCUUCUUGCCAGGAGUCAUCUGCGUCUUGCUCGCUCUGCAAUGGGGUGGGACCACUUACGAAUGGGGUAAUGGCCGCAUCAUCGCCCUGCUGGUGUUAUUCGGGGUCCUCAUUGGUAUAUUCAUCGUGCUACAGAUGUGGGGUAAGGAGAAAGCCACGAUCCCUCCACGGCUGAUCAAGAACCGAAAUGUUUGGGGUGCUGCGCUGUUCAGCUUCUGCGUCGGCGGUUCCUUCUUUGUGGCAGUUUACUACCUCCCCAUCUGGUUCCAAGCCAUCAAAGGCGUCAGCGCCACCAAAUCCGGCAUCAUGAACCUGCCCAUGCUACUCAGCGUUGUUAUCUUCUCCAUCGUAGCAGGCGGCUUGGUCUCCACAUUCGGAUACUACACCCCAUUUAUGCUGAUAUCCCCGGUUCUCAUCGCCGUCGGCGGCGGCCUUCUCUCCACCAUGGGCGUGCAUUCCUCGGCCGGUCACUGGAUUGGAUACCAGAUCAUCUUCGGCAUGGGCGCAGGCCUGGGCAUGCAGCAGCCGAUGAUGGUGGUUCAAGCAGCGCUGAAGAUUGCCGAUGUUCCCAGCGCCACGGCCAUCGUGGCGUUCACGCAGACACUGGGCGGAGCGCUGUUUGUCUCUGUAGCGCAGAACGUCUUCCAGAAUGAACUGCGCAAGAACCUGGCACAGGUAUCAGGCAUUGACCCUGUUUCUGUGAUGCAGGCGGGGGCAACGAUGCUACGGCAUGUUGUAUCUGCGGAUCAGCUGCCGGCUGUGCUAGAGGCGUAUAAUGGAGCCGUGACGACAACGUUCUAUGUUGCUGUAGCCAUGGGAGCGCUGAGUAUUUUUGGAGCGUUGCCUAUUGAGUGGAUAUCUGUGAAGGGAAAGAAGAUCGGGCCGGCGGCGGCGUAG